AUGGUCAACACAGGCAUGCAGCUGAUCAGCUUCACCUGCGCAGUGACAGGUUGGGUCAUGGCCAUCGCUGUGACAGCCUUGCCUCAGUGGAAAGUGUCAGCCUUCAUCGGCAGCAACAUCCUCACCUCCGAGAUUAAGUGGGAGGGCAUCUGGAUGAACUGCAUCUACCAGACCACAGGCCACAUGCAGUGCAAGACCUACGACUCCAUGCUGGCUCUGCCCCCGGACCUCCAGGCAGCUCGUGCCCUCAUGUGUGUGGCCAUCUUCCUGGGCUGGCUGUCCUGCACCGUGUCCUGCUGUGGCAUGAAGUGCACCACCUGCGCUGGCGACGACCGCCGUGCCAAGGCGGGCAUCGCCCUCUCCGGCGGCGUGCUAUUCAUCCUGACGGGCCUGUGCGUGCUGGUGCCCGUCUCCUGGACCGCAAACACGGUGGUCCAGGACUUCUACAACCCCAACGUGCCUGUUAUGUACAAGCGAGAGCUGGGCCAGGCUAUCUACCUGGGUUGGGCAUCUGCAGUUAUUCUGAUGAUCAGCGGGGCCGUGCUGAGCAGCACCUGCCCCCAUAUCGAGAGGGGAGGAGGGGAGUACCGCCGGGGAUACAUGGGCCGGAGCUUUCCUAACUUGCGCCCCUCCCCCCUCGCACCUGAUCCUCCGAAACCUAUCACCUCCAACAGCGUGCCCUUAAAAGAAUAUGUGUAG